UUUCACGCUCCACUCUGCGCUUUCUCCGUACCCAAGCCCCAAAAAGAGAAGGAGAAAAUGGAAAGGAGGUGUCGACAUUCUCCAUUUUGAUUUCAGAUUUUCCCCGGAAAAUUCGAACACCGUCUCUCCGUCGCGAUCGAUCAAGCUCAGAAACCUCUCACUCACUCUCUCUCUCUGAGACACACUCGUCGAUCGCCAUGAACGCUCAUCCUCCUCCUCCUCCUCCCUCUCCUUCCGCUUCGCCUUCGGGGAUGGUGCCGCUUCCUCUUUCCGUCGAGGACGCGAUACGCCGAAUCUGCACUGAUCAGAACCAGCCUCCCCCGAACGCGUCGACUCGGAGGAAGCUCGCGUCGCUCAACGAAGAGGCCGCGCUUCGGGUCCUGAGGUCGACCGCCGCGACGAAAAUCAAGUGGUCCAUCGACGGUCUGAUCUCCCGCAUCAUCGAAAGCGGCACCGGCGCCGGCGCCGGCUCUUGUGCCUCGCCGUCUCCGUCGAAGAUCGCUCGCAUGUCCUUGAAUGAUCAAAGUCCGGCCCACAAUGGAUUGGGAAGCUCUCCUGUGCGAGAUCAACAGAUUGGAAGUCCGAGACUUCUUCCGAGUUUGCAAAAUUGGAAUGGACAAGCAGUUAGCCCCCACAUGAAGGCGUUGAGCGAACUGGAGUUUAGAAAAGCAUUUCUCAUUCUAAACUACAUUGGGGAAGGAAAUCUUGAAGAUGCCAUAGACAGCGAUAGGAUUCGACUGCUGAAAGAUCUCAGAAUGAUCGAAUUUGAGGAAGCAGUCUGGAAUGCCAUUGGACGGUUUCGUGUCAAGAAAGAUGACCGUUGUAAGCAUGUUGACUGGGAUUCUGGAAGGACACACUUCUACCAUUGUCAUGUUUCACCUCAGGGGUGUUAUCGUUUUAAAGGACCUUACCUUAAUAAGACGAGAACACUUCUACAAAAGGCAUUAGGAGAUGAGAAUGUUCUCCUUGUCAAGUUGGCAGAAGAGAUGUCGGAUGAUACUCUUACUAUGUAUAGAAAGAUUGCAAAGGAAGGGAUUCCUGUUGGUUUGCGUCGAUACAAGUUCUUCGUGUUUAAGGAUGGAGGCAAAGAAGAGAAAAAAAGAGACCCUACUACAUCCUCUGUGAGGUGUUACUUUGUUUGCAUGGAGUGUGAGGCACUUAAAGAAAAGAAAACAGUACAUGAAGCGAGAUGCUUCUUCAUGCAUGCACACACAGUGUCCAGCGUAUCCCGCUACAUGAUACGGUUGUCUCUUAUCUUGUCCAAGACCGUUAGCUUGGAAGUUGACUGUAAUCGAGUGACGAUUGAGAGCAUUAAGGAUAAGGAUUGCAAGCAGGAUAAAGAGGGAAAUUCCAUCUAUGAUAAGAACGGAAAACCACUUAUACAUACUGAUGGAACUGGAUUUGUUUCCGAGGACAUAGCUUUGAAGUGUCCUGGAAAUAUUUUCAAGGGAAGAGGUGUGAUUGCUCCUGCUUUUAAGAGAUUUGCUGGCUGCGGCGACGAUGAGCAGAUACCUAGGGAGGGCAUCUGUGAUCCGCCUUUGCUGAUUCAGUGCCGUCUAUACAAUGAUGGUAGAGCCGUCAAGGGAACUCUUCUCCUUGAUAAGCAACUCCCCCCUCAUACAAUUCAUAUUCGACGGUCGAUGAUCAAGGUUAAAAAGGACCCUAAGCUUUCAGAUAUCAGGACCAUUGAAUCACUGGAAAUAGUAAAAACAAGCAAUAAACCAAAGCCUGCGUGUCUUUCAAAGACUUUGAUUGCACUUUUAAGCUAUGGCGGGGUCCCGAAAGAAUUUCUUUUGGACUUGCUGGAGAGUGCUCUGGGAGAUGCAAAUAGUGUCUUCUCUAGUAAACGAGCGGCUUUAAGAGUUUCGGUGAAUCAUGGUGAGAAGGAUGGUUUCAUCGCGGCCAGAAUGAUCUUAUCUGGGAUUCCUCUGGAUGAAACAUACCUACAGAAUCAUCUAUCCGAACUGAUGCAGGAUGAAAAGAAGAGUUUGAAAGGAGGAAGGAUUCCUAUUCCAGAUUCUUACUAUCUUAUGGGGACAGCCGAUCCCACAGGAAUUCUUAAAAGUGAUGAAGUUUGUAUUAUCCUUGACAGUGGACAAAUUUCAGGGAAGGUAUUAGUAUACCGCAAUCCUGGUUUGCAUUUCGGAGAUAUUCAUGUUUUGAACGCUACAUAUGUGGAAGCGUUGGAAACAAAAGUUGGAAAUUCCAAGUAUGCCAUAUUUUUCCCCACUAGUGGACCGCGCUCCUUGGCCGAUGAAAUAGCUAGUGGGGAUUUCGAUGGGGAUAUGUAUUGGGUUUCACGGAACCCUCAGGUUGGUGUUUACAUGAGAUUUGCUCAUUCUUGUUAGAUGCCUUGUACUACAUUUGGUUGAUGUCCUUUGCCAGCUUCAUGAUGAUACCACCCUGGACCCCCUUCCCCUUCCCCCCAAACAAGAAGUUUUUUUACUUUUUUUUCUGCAGUUUCAAAAUCCUUUCAUGAUUUUCCUCUUCUAAGUGAGGUUUUAGUAGUUGGAUGGUAUUUUUCACCAUCCUUUUUUCUCAUUAGACAAUUUUCCCUUGCUUUACAGUUGAUGCAUACUGGUCUUCAAACUUAUACUCAGAAUAGUUGUAUGCCAUCGUAACUGGGUUCCAACUUGGCUAAGCAGUUGUUAUGGAACCCUAUCUGGCCAAUGGAAGAGGAAUUUAAUGCUUUAUUAGUUAAGUUAUUUGAAGUUUAGCGAAAAAAGUUAUCUGAAAUUCAUACAUGUUAUUUACUAUAGUGACAGACCUUUAGGAGAAGAUGAGCCCGGACUUAAUGCCUGAACGACAGGGAAAACUGUUCAUGCUCAUGUUUGCAUUUAUUAGUUUGGCUUUGCUCAUAAGCAAUGUAAAAUGGCCUUUUCAGCCACUCUUUAUGCAUGUGCCUGUACCUCUUUCGUCUCUUCUUUGGUGUACAAGCCUAAACUUUGAAAGUAACUUCAAAAUGAGUUGAAAAACAUGACCGACCAACUGGGGCCUUUUAUUGGAAGAGGAUUGCCAUCCUUAAUGUCCUUGGAUAAUUUUUACAUCUAAGAUGUUUUGCUGUUGCUUUUUCUUGAAUCUCUCGGGUAACAUUGAUUUGACGGAAUGGAAAUGCAGUCUUUCACUUCUGUUGUUAGCCUGCUGGUCAUUUGUCUCUGCAUUGUUGUCUAGCACAACAAACAAAAAAGUAAGUAGAUCUAAGCCCAUUGAAUCAUCACUAUAUCCACUAUUCUGAUAUUAACAUUUGAUAGAGAUUAAAUUGUAAGAGUGGAUCUUUUUUUGUUUCCUAUUUAUUUGGACCCCCCAAGAAUCUGUUGAUAUCUCUGAUUCCAUUUUCUUGUUCCUAACACACCUAAGUUGGCAAGGAGAUGUUCAUUUACAUGCUAACUGUCCAAGCCAAGCAUCUUAAGAAGGAUUGGAUCACCUGCCAAAGAGCCAAUAUAAGAAAGUUUGUUAUUUGAUUUUGUUGAAGUAUUAUCCCACAUCGAUUGACAGCGGGUCCUAAAUGCUUUUUAUAUUCAUGUGGUCUCCUUCUACCUAAUAGCUUAAGCUUUUGGGUUGGACUUUUUAACAUGGUAAUGCUAUCCCUUUCGCGAAUGGGAAUGGUAAAAAAUUCCAUGUGAAUGUGCAUAGUCAAAAUUUCACGUGCUGCUCGUAAUUCGGCUUAAACGUGAGUGGGGGUGUUGAAGUAUUAUCCCACAUCGAUUGACAGCGGGUCUUAAAUGCUCUUUAUAGUCAUGUGGUCUCCUUCUACCUAUUAGCUUAAGCUUUUGGGUUGGACUUUCUAACAGAUUUCCAAUUCACCGUCUCUCUCGUGUUAUUUGUAAUCAGUGUAUUGGAAAUGAAAACAUUACCUUAUUAAGGAGUGUGGCACUCGUUAACAAGACCCUUUUAAGAAUAUCUUUGUUAUUAUAUCUUGCAGUUGUAGAUACCUAGAUCAACCGUCUUUUUUUUUUCUUUUCCAUCAAGGGUGAAUCAUGAUUCAAUGGCUAUGUUCCCGAUAAUGAACUCGUUGGUGCAUCAUGUACCAUACUUGUUAUGUCAUUUUGUGAGGCCUACCUUGCAGUGGUUGUCUCGGUAAUUGUUUGGCAGUGAUGAUUGAACUAUUUACAAAAUUUGUUGAUUCAGAAUUGCCGAAUGAUGUCCGUUAAAUCUUUCAAACAACCACUUAUUGAGCGUGCAAUUC